AUGUUGUCCCAUCAAGAGUACCCUGCAUCCAAGCUAUUGGAGAUCGCGGCAACCGACGUCAGAUCACCGCUGCAACAGUCGGACUACGCCGCGAUUCUCUCCAGGCCCCCAUUUCAUUGUGUCCCCGGGACGUUCAACACCAGGGACAUCGGCCAAGUCCCCGGCAGCGCCGUGCGGCCGGGCUUGGCGUUCCGCUCCGGCUCGCUCGAGGCCAUCGGCGAACCAGGCGCAGCCGUCAUCGCGAAGCAGCUCGGGGUCAGAAGGAUAUUCGAUCUGAGAUCGGGAGACGAGCGGGAGAAAUACCCCGAGCCGGAGAUCCCGGGCGUGGCGAACGACUGGAUCCCCACCCCGUACAACAACAAGGUCGACAUGAACGAUUUCGCCAGCGGCGGCGGCGAGGAGGGCUACUGCAAGAUGUACAUGGGCAUCAUGGAGGUCUACGCCCCCACUUUCAAGGCAAUUCUGGAGCACGUACGAGACAGGCCGGAGGAGCCGUUCCUGUUCCAUUGCGCACUGGGACGCGACAGAACUGGUAUCGUGGCCGAGAUGCUGCUGUUUCUGGCCGGGUCGGAUGAAGACACCCUGACUCUGGACUACAUGAUGACGCGGAUUGGGUCGGAACCGCUUCGUGAUGUCUUGCUCGAGAGGGCAGUUCAAGACAACGGGGCUGUUAACGGGCUUGAGGACCCAACCUUCCAAAACCUCUGCAACCUGAGGGCUUCGACGUGGGAGCUCUUUGUGAAGCAGGUCAAGAGCCAGUAUGGCGGCUUCGACGGCUACGUCACCGGCAAACUAGGGUUUUCCAAAGAGGAUUUAGAGGUUAUCAGAAAGAAUUUGAGAGGUUAA